AAUGGGGUGGGGGGUGAGGUAUGGGGUAGAGAGGGAUGGUGGUAAAUCCUUCAUAUGCCUAAUUUUGUACGCGUUUCUCUUUCUUCCAUUUCCUUUUCCAAGAUUGCAACAAAAGCCACGGAAGAAUUUCAAAACAUCUGAUUAAAAAGAAGAAUUCAACGUUACUACUUUCACAAAGAGUCAGACAGAGAAAGUCCCAGAGACACCAGCAUUCCUCACAGAGACGCUCCUAUACACGCCACUUGACCUGAGAACUGAGACAACACUAUGGGGAUCUUAUAUUCAGAGCCCAUUUGCCAAGCAGCUUACAUGGAUGAAAUCCAACAGGUUUACCAACUGCUCAAGGCUGAUCCAAAGAAGUUAAAUGUUCAAGAUGAAUUAUUUGGAGACUCCCCACUCAUAGCUGCCUGUCGGAGUGGGAACGUCAGCAUUGUCAAAUACCUUUUAGAUCUAAACGCUGAUGUAUCCAUUAAAAACAAGAAACAAAGGACUUGCCUGCACUAUGCUGCAAAAAGAACAUUUUCCUUCUUGGAUUAUCUCAUGAUUGUUAUUCUCAUGCCUAUCCUAUUGAUUGGAUAUCUUAUAAUGAUCAUGAAACAGAAACAGCAUGUAAACCUGCUGGAGAUGGUUAUAAACAGUAAAGCAGACGUUAACGCUGUAGAUUAUAAAGGCAACACUGCACUUCACUACGCUUGCCAGUGUAAAAGUCACAAAAUCGUUCCACUGUUACUGAUGGCAAAUGCUGAUAUUUCAAUCCAAAACAAAGAGGGUGAAACGCCACUGGAUAUUGCAAUCAGACUCAAAUUCAACAAAAUUGUAGUGAUGCUGGAAAAAUCUAAAUGACAAUGUUACCUAUUUGAGUACAAAAGGAUCAUUUGAAAUAAUAGCCUGUAUUUUAAAGUCUACAAUGAAAAGAUGCGAACUCUGAAAUGUGAACUUUACAACAUGAGUGCAAAUGCCUUUUCAAAAUGUUUAUACACAAAUAAUUUAAAUACACAAAGGACACAGGCUUACAAUUGUACAGCUUUUGAAAUAAGUUACAGUAUUAGGUAUUGGAAGUUACACAGCAUCAUUAUGAAAAGGCUUAAAAGGAGUAGUGUUAAUUGUGUUUUGUGUUUAAUGUGUCCAGACUGACAAUACUGUACUGUUUCCACUAUAAUAGUGAUUCAUGUGAAAUGUUUUAUAUAUGGUAAAACCACUUUUUUUUGCACAGUUGUCAUGUAUUUCAAAUUUAAAUCUAUGUUUAAAACAUUAAAAAUCUACAUCAUACAUCUAUUAUGUAGGGGUUCUUUUUUAAGUAUUGUUAGUUGUUGCAUGUCUACUCACAUUACCAGUAAUUCUAUAAGACAUGAGGGUAUUUAUUUUGUACAAUUAAUAUCCUCCCUUUUAGUUCCCUGUUGAGGUUUAAAAUGAAUGUGAUGGGUUUUUUUUUUAAUUACAAAUGUUUAUUGGUUUUGAGGCCACUGAUUAUAAAAUAAGUAAAAUAAUCCUUCAUUAAAAAACAUGCUUUGGUCAGUGCAUUUGGAAAAUGUAAAUCAUGAUUUUCAAAUUGGGGAAGAAAAAAAAAACAGAUUACAAAAAU